CCCCUUUUCAUUUGCUGGUCAUUCAUCUGAGCGUCAAAGAAACGAUGAACACCAUUAAUGGGGUAUAGAAGGCCAUGAAUCUUCUGAAUCCUUUAGUCGAUUACGGGAUAGGGAAGACCCAUUAAUCUAAGCUUCAGAAUUUACAGUAGCUCCAAUCUCCUUGCCGCUAAAUAAUAUGCGAUACGAGCUCGGCCGUCAAGUUCAGAACCCAAGUGCUUUCGGUUUACCACAUGAAACCCACAACAAUAUGGAGAAAAUCUUACUCCUCAUCCUGUAGGCAAUUGAUCAAUGGCCAUGGCGCCAUCGAAACGUUACCUCUUAAAUCCAGUAACGUACCAUUUCCUCGCGGUAAAUUAUAUGCCAGUCAAAUGUUCGACAAAAUGCCUCAGUUAAACGUGGUCUCAGCAACCGCCGUAAUUGGGCGCCACGCAAGGAAGAACCAGCACGAAGAGGUAUUAUGCCUCUUUUCUGCAAUGUUUGUGUUAAAUUUGAGGCCCAACGAGUUCACUUUUGGAACUGUGAUUCACUCUGCAACUGCGGUUAGAGACAUUGAUAUUGGCAAGGAAAUCCAUGCUUGUGCCAAGAAGAUUGGCCUUCACUCUAAUGUGUUUGUUGGCAGUGCACUUUUAGAUUUGUAUGCUAAGUUGAGUGUCAUUGAGGAGGUCCAAAGAGCUUUUGAUGACAUCAAGAUCCCAAAUGUGGUUUCUUACACUAGUUUGAUUUCUGGGUACCUGAAAAUGGAGAGGAUUCAAGAUGCUCUCCAGGUGUUCGAUGAAAUGCCCGAGCGAAACAUCGUGUCAUGGAAUGCAAUGAUUGGUGGGUUAAGCCAGAAGGGACACAAUGAGGAUGCUGUGCAUCUGUUUAUUGAUAUGCUUAGAGAAGGGUUCUUGCCCACCCAAUCUACUUUCCCUUCUGCUAUUUGUGCUGCUGCUAAUAUUGCAUCACUUGGGAUAGGGAGGAGUUUUCAUGCUUGUGCGGUCAAGUUCUUGGGCAAGCUCGACGUGUUCGUUAAUAAUUCCCUUAUUAGCUUUUACGCAAAAUGUGGAAGCAUGGAAGAUAGUUUGGUGAUUUUCAAUAAACUUGUUGAAAGGAACAUAGUUUCAUGGAAUGCUGUGCUAUGUGGUUAUGCUCAAAAUGGCAGGGGAAAGGAAGCCAUAGGUUUCUAUGAAAGGAUGAGUUCUGCAGGCGUCAAACCGAAUGGUGUGACACUUCUUAGCUUGUUAUGGGCUUGUAAUCACGCCGGGCUCGUCGAUGAAGGUUAUUCAUAUUUCAAUCAAGCGAGACUUGACAACCCCAACAUGCUGAAACCGGAGCAUUAUGCUUGUCUGGUCGAUUUACUCUCACGUUCAGGUCAAUUCAGACGAGCAGAGGAAUUUAUUCGCGACCUACCCUUCGAUCCAGGGAUCGGGUUCUGGAAAGCUUUGCUCGGGGGUUGCCAAAUUCACUCAAACGUGGAACUUGGUGAGCUUGCAGCUCAAAGAAUUUUAGCUUUGGAUCCGGGCGAUGUUUCGUCGUAUGUAAUGAUGUCAAAUGCGCAUUCUGCUGCCGGGAAAUGGCAAAGUGUAUCGACGUUAAGAAGGGAAAUGAAGGAGAAGGGGAUGAAGAGGGUUCCUGGUUGCAGUUGGAUUGAGAUCAGAAGCAAAGUUAAUGUCUUUGUGACUGGUGAUAGGAAUCACCACCAAAAGGAUGAAAUCUAUUCUGCCAUGAGAUUCUUUGUUGAGCACUUGAAAGAGAGUGAAGAUUUCAACCUCCUUUCAGACUCAUAAAUGAAAAUAUAUACUAUUGACAACUUGGUAAAUUAUAAAGACAAGUGACUCUGAGAAUUUAGAACAAAGGGGUAUUGAAAACCUCUAGCGCGCGACAAUCUUAGUUGUGGGAUCGACAUUUUCCAAUACCAACAGCAGUUCUCCUUCUGCUCACUCUUACCGAAAACAAACUCAUUUUCCUUGACAUUGUCAUGMCUAUAAAAGUUUCAAGCUUCGUUACAUGUAUUGAGUCGGGAGAGGAGGCGACAUCGAGGUGCCAAACGUUCCCGUCUGUAUUAUAAUUGUUUAUUAAAUGUACUAAAAUUACUAAAUUAGAUUUAGUAAUAUAGUGUAGGAUUUAUCAUCUUCCAUUUUAAUGGGUUUCAUCACUAUUUUUUUUCC